AUGGCAAUAAUGGCAGUAAUCACGCCCGCGCCGGACCCGCCCGAAUACAUUCAAAGCUUGACCCAUGAACAGAGGAUUACGGCCGAAAAGGCCUUGAAGCGAAAGAUUGAUACUCGUCUCAUGCCAACCAUUGUCAUCAUGUUUAUCCUAAAUUACCUCGAUCGCAACAAUAUAUCGUCGGCUAAACUGGCUGGGCUACCAGAAGAUCUUAAGCUAAAGGGUUCACAGUAUCAGUCAAUGCUAAUAAUGUCUUAUCAGGUCGCUGUCUCAAUAUUUUUUUUUGGUUACCUAAUUAUGCAAGUUCCAUCCAAUUUAUUUUUAAACAAGAUUGGAAAACCAGCCGUUUAUCUACCGACCUGUAUGGUAAUCUGGGGACUCCUCUCUCUAGCUACCGCUGCUACGCGUAACUUUGUUGGCCUGACCAUCUGUCGGUUUAUGCUUGGAUUCGUUGAGGCCGCUUUUUUUCCUGGAUGCAUGUUCCAUCUCUCCUGCUGGUACACGCGUAAAGAAUUAGCUUUUCGAACUGCAAUAUUUUUCUCGGGAAUCCUCAUUAGCGGAAGUAUUUCUGGUUUGGUAACCGCUGGCAUCAAGGCAAAUUUGGAUGGCCUACAUGGUUUACGUGCCUGGCGCUGGCUCUUUAUAAUAGAAGGUGCCACAACAGUCGGACUGGCUCUAUUGGGCACCAUUGUACUACCCAACUUUCCUAGUACGACGAGCUGGCUAAAUGCCGAAGAGAAACAGCUAGCUGUUUGGCGCCUUAUCGAAGACGUAGGCCAAAAAGACUGGUCUGAAGAUGACCAGCUAUCAUUUGUGGAUGGCCUGAAAUUGGCAUUUACUGAUUACAAAGUCUAUAUCUUGUUGUUCAUUUGUUACGGUAUAAUCGCAUCGGCAUCUGUGACUAACUUUUUCCCGGCAAUUGUCAAGACACUUGACUACAGUGAUGUGACGACUUUGUUUCUCACCGCUCCUCCAUAUGCUGUCGGACUAGCCAUGACUCUUUUAAAUGCUUGGCAUGCUGAUCGUGUUCAAGAGCGUUCACUGCACAUUAUCGUUCCACUUAUCUUCGCAGUAACUUCUUUCAUAGUAUCAGCGACUACUUCAAGUAAUGCUCUGCGCUAUACGGCCAUGAUUGUUAUGGUGCCAGGUAUUUUCAGUAGCUGCGUUAUCGCAUUGGCCUGGGUUUCCGAUACCAUCUCUCGGCCACCAAUUAAGCGGGCCGUUGCUAUUUCUUUUAUAAAUGCCGUAUCGAACUCAUCUCCGGUCUACUCAUCUUAUUUAUAUCGGGAUACAUCGGCUCCACGCUAUGCCGCUGCCAUGACCUUCAAUAGCGUUAUGUGCAGUGCAGCAAUCGUGACUGUACUAGUCAUGCGAUAUAUCCUUAUUCGCCAAAAUCGUCAAUUAGAUGCAAAAGAAACAUCUAAGGAAGACAAAAACUAUGAAUCUACGCAUGGGCGGAAAAGCUUUCGUUACAUUACGUAA